UUCGCUGUGCGAUGAUUUUGGAUUAUAAAAUGGACUAUCGGAAAGCAAGACCGUAAAAUCGGAGAAAUGUUACAUUGCUGGUGUUUCAGGGCUUGGCUAUGGCGGCCGAUGUGGAUACUGGCGGGGGUUCUUUUGUGGAGUACCGUCAAAGCGCAGAUCCGCUAUACUAUUCCAGAGGAGUUAAAAGAAGGAUCCGUUGUUGGCAACAUUGCCAAGGACCUGGGUUUGGACGUCCGGGAUCUUGCUAAUCGCAACCUAAGGAUAGCGUCAGAGUCGGGUAACGCUUAUUUCAUUGUGGAUUUGGCGAAGGGCGAGCUGCUUGUCAAUAGCAGAAUAGACAGAGAGACUCUUUGUGGACAAAAUGCGGAGUGUCGUUUGCCAUUGCAGGUCGUCAUAGAAAAUCCUCUGCAGCUACAUCGUGUUGAAAUAAAUAUUCAAGACAUUAACGAUAAUGCUCCAGAAUUCCUUACCAAGGAAAGCAUAAUGAAAAUCAGUGAAGCUAUUUCACUCGGUAAACGAUUCUCUGUAGAAAGCGCGGAGGACCCCGAUGUGGGUAGCAAUUCCUUGCAGUCAUAUUCUCUUUCACAAAAUGACUGCUUUAGGCUAAACGUUAAAACGUCAAAAGAUGGCAGAAAAGUACCAGAAUUGAUAGUAGACAAAGCCUUGGACAGGGAAAAGAAAUCUACACAUAACCUUGUGCUAACAGCUAUAGAUGGGGGAAGCCCGCACAAAACAGGAACAACUCAGAUCCAAAUUCUUGUUGAGGAUGUGAAUGACAAUGAUCCGAAAUUCGAGCUAAGCUCGUAUAAGGCGUCUGUGCCCGAGAGUGCAGAGACUGGCUUCAGCAUCCUGACAUUAAAAGCCACCGAUUUAGACGAGGGAGUAAAUGGGGAGUUAGAGUAUUAUUUUGAUGCUCAUACACCGGAUGCUGUGAAAAAUGUGUUUGAAAUUAAUGCUGAGACAGGCACAAUUACUGUGAUUGGCAAAUUGGACUACGAGGAAAAGAAAUCAUACACGUUUGACGUUAGUGCAAAAGACAAAGGACACCCUCAGCUCCAGAGUGACUCCUCAGUGCAUAUAGAUAUUCUGGAUGAGAAUGAUAACGCACCGGAAAUCUUACUGACGUCCUUGCCCAGUCCAGUGAAUGAAAACGCUCCGAUUGGAACAGUAGUGGCUCUUAUUAAUGUGAAAGAUUUAGAUUCUAAUGCAAAUGGAAAAGUUAGCCUGAUUUUACCAGAAAAGUCUCCUUUUAAGUUGAAUUCUUCUUUUGACAACCACUAUUCUUUAAUCACUAAUUCACUAUUGGACAGGGAAAGGAAUCCGGAGCUGAGUGUAGAAUUGCUAGCCUCUGACUCUGGGUCACCACAGCUCAAAACAAGGAAAACUAUCAAAGUAAAAGUCCUUGACAUAAAUGAUAACCCACCAGUGUUUACCCAGGCUUCCUAUGACGUUUAUAUAAAAGAAAACAACCCAGCUGGAGCAUCAUUGUUCUCUGUACUUGCAUUUGACAAAGACCAAGAUAAAAAUGCAAUGCUUACGUACACCAUCAAAGAUUCAAAAUUUCAGGACAUUCCAGUGACGUCAUAUUUCUAUAUCAAUAGCGAAAAUGGCACCAUUUUCAGCAUGAAUUCUUUUGAUUUUGAGAAAAUCAAAUUAUUCAAAGUUGUAGUUCAAGCCAACGACCAUGGUUCGCCAUCUCUUAGUAGCAACACUACCGUUAAUGUUUUUAUUCUAGACCAAAACGACAAUGUCCCCGUUGUCAUCUACCCCUCCGCGAGCAUGGGCUCUGUGUCUCACCAGAGGAUGCCCCGCUCUGCUAAAAUGGGGCACCUCGUUACCAAGGUAACAGCUGUGGACGCAGACUCGGGCCACAACGCCUGGAUUUCCUAUAGACUGGCGGAAGCUACAGACUCGUCUCUGUUCGCUGUCAAUCUUUACACUGGAGAGGUGAGGACUAAACGCUCUGUUUCAGAGCAGGAUGACGCCUCUCAGAGACUGCUCAUAGAGAUCAAGGACAAUGGAGAGCCAGUGCAGUCCACCACAGUCACAGUGGACAUACUCAUAGAGGACGGACUGCACGAACCCGUCUCUGAUUUCAGACACAAAGCGUCAGAAAAAGACAAGAAAAACAGUAAAAUCACUUUCUAUUUAAUCUUAUCUUUAGCUUCGGUGUCAGUAUUGUCUUUGUUAACGUUUUUCAUACUACUUAUUAAAUGCGCAAGAAACAGCAGAGGCAAUGCAAGCUGUUUUAGAAGAGACUCUGAUGGCUAUAAGAAUCCCAACAGAAACCUACAGAUCCAGCUCAACACUGACGGGCCUAUUAAGUAUGUGGAAGUUCUGGGGGGAGACAUGAUGUCUCAGAGUCAGUCUUUUGGCUCCUAUCUGUCUCCAAUGUCGGAGUUCAGUGACUUAACAAUGGUCAAGCCCAGCAGUACGCUGGACUUUAAGGAUACAUUACGUGGACUUGAUGCGUCGUUGCCAGACAGCGCGUGGACCUUCGAGUGCCAACAGGCAAUGGUGUAA